AAGAAUAAAUUCUCCGAUGAUCUUUGUUCCGAGUAAUUUUUUUUUUGAGUAAAUAAAAAACAUCCCUAAUCUAAUCUUUUGUAAGGCUUUCUCACCUUCUCGACAAUAAUUGUAAAGUGUAAACAGCGCCGCACUUUUGUUUGGCUAUAGUAAAAUAUUGUCGAAUGUGUUUUCUAACUGUCGAAAUUAAAAACAUUAUAUUUUCGAGUUUUGUAAAUUAAUUAACGUUAGUGUUCGUAAAGUGCGAGUUUAUUUAGAAUGGAAAUAAAAUACUUUUUUCCUAAGAAUGAGCGCGCGAUUCCCAAUGGGAAAUGUAUGUGAGAAUAUCCAACAAGAAGUCGCAGUGCUUCUGCGUAUAAAGUUAAUAGACACGUUCACAAGUGAACAAAGUUGUAGUGCUAAUACAUGUAGAAAAAAAGAGGGUACUGUUUAAUUAGUCUUUGCAAUCUAUUUUGAAUAAAGAAACAUCGUGUCAAUAAUAAGUGUUGUGCAAUGCAAACCGUUUGUUUUUGAGGUUAGGUUCACCGUUACAAUGAUGAAAAUCAUGGGAGAAUCAUUUUAGACUUGUGUUUUGAAAUUUUUCGCCUCGACGACACGGGUAUGUCAGAGCGGUUUCUUGCUUCGGGUUGUUUGGGUGUUGUGUCAAAUUGUUUCGGGAAAUGUCUUACAGUGAUGGCGGGGGACGUUCGAUACGAAAAUCAAGUAGUAGAUCACCGAAAAAAUUGCGCGUAACAAAAGCUGAAAAUAGUGACAGAACAACAACAACAACGAUAAGUUAUAGUAAUCGUUUUGGUGAAGGCAGUCAAAAUCCACCCUCGAUACAUAAAAGAAAUCUCUAUGUUGUUUCGUUUCCGUUAAUUUUUCUUUUCAAUAUUCUUCGCUCCCUAAUUUAUCAGUUAUUUGUUGUUUUUAAAUAUUUAUAUGCCUCGACGUCGUAUCUUAUUCGACGUAGACAAGUGACGAAAAAUACCUGUCAAUUGGAAAUUGUCGUUGAUCGUGAGACGGCGGAAAAUUUACUUCAAGUUUCAACAAGAGAGGACGAGGGGAUGUCACAAAUUGUCAAGAGAACGGGUCCAGGACCCGGUGAUCCUCUUCUCGCCAAACAAAAACAUCAUCAUCGACGGGCCUUUGAGUUUAUUAGCAAAGCUCUUAAAAUUGACGAGGAAAAUGAAGGUCACAAGGAAAUGGCCAUUGAACUUUAUAAGAAAGGAAUUGGAGAAUUGGAAAAGGGAAUUGCUGUCGAAUGUUACGGUGGCCGAGGGGAAGUUUGGGAACGUGCACAGAGACUUCAUGAAAAAAUGCGAACCAAUUUGGCAAUGGCCAAGGACAGACUCGAUUUUCUAGUGAGUGUUUGCGAGCUGAAAAAGAUGGAGAUUGCCAGCCAGAAUCAAGGAUCAGACCAUGAGAGUGAAGACGUUUCUGAGGAACGUCCUGGAAAUCAUUUGAGGAAAAGACGCAAUUUACAAUUAAAUCACAAUAAAUUAAAACAAACAAAAAAUACAAAUCACAUUCACACACAGUCACUAACAUUAAACACUGGACAAUAUAAUAAUACACAAAUACCAAAGCCACCACAGAGGCCUCGAUCUCCGAAAAAUUCUCAUUCUCGCAUGGCCGAAGCGUCAGGGAGAAAAUUGACGAUUCCUGGAAAACGAAUUUCUGGUGCUGUAAUGAGUAAGAGUCAAACUUUACCGCGAAGUAUGGGAAGAUCGACGCCUUCUUUACCUUGUCACAGAAAUGUUCCUAUAAAACCAUCAUCAACACCUCCCGCUGUUAAGAGGCAAUUGUCUGUUCCUGGCAAUGGCUCGCCAAUUAGAAGACCGGGAACUCCCGGUGCAACCAGCAGCAAUCGAGGAACUCCAACGAGAAAGCUUCCAAAUUUAAAGGGAGUCGAUCCCAAACUCGCCAAUGUUAUAUUGGAUGAAAUUUUGGAAGGUGGAACUGCCGUGCAAUGGGAUGAUAUCGUUGGACAAGAGACAGCGAAGCAAGCUCUUCAGGAGAUGGUUAUCUUACCUUCACUGCGACCCGAAUUAUUUACAGGCCUGCGAACUCCAUCUCGAGGACUCUUGCUGUUUGGACCCCCAGGAAACGGAAAAACACUUUUGGCACGAGCAGUUGCGACUCAAUGCAAUGCCACAUUUUUUUCUAUAUCGGCAGCAAGUCUUACUUCGAAAUACGUCGGAGAAGGCGAAAAAUUGGUGCGAGCUUUGUUCGCGAUAGCGAGAGAACUGCAGCCAUCUGUCAUUUUUAUCGACGAGGUUGAUUCUCUAUUGAGUGAACGCAGAGAUAAUGAACACGAAGCUUCCAGACGGUUAAAGACGGAAUUUCUUGUGGAGUUUGAUGGUCUUCCUUGCAAUCCAGAGGAGAGAGUCCUUGUUAUGGCCGCGACCAAUAGACCGCAGGAACUAGAUGAGGCGGCUUUGAGAAGAUUCACAAAACGUGUUUAUGUAAUGCUGCCAGACUUGAAAACUAGGGUUAUCCUUUUACAGAGACUUUUGGGAAAGCACAACGAUCCACUUUCUCAUGAAGAACUGAAUCGUAUGGCGGUUUUAACGGAAGGAUAUUCAGGAAGUGAUUUGACUGGAUUGGCUAAGGAUGCAGCCCUUGGACCCAUAAGAGAAUUAAAUCCAGAACAAGUGAAAGAGGUGGACUUGAAUCUCGUGCGAAAUAUUACAAUUAAAGAUUUUUUAGAUAGUUUGAAAAGAAUCCGCAGGUCGGUUUCACCAGCCAGUUUAGCCGCUUAUGAAAAAUGGAGCCUGGAAUAUGGUGAUAUUAGCCUCUGAUCGGAGCAUCUUACGAGUUCUUGCUCAAAACUUGAAUCUCGCCUUUAUUCAGUGAGCACAAGCCAAACUUACAGUCACUGAGCGCCUUUUUCUUAAUAAAUUUAAAGAAAAACAAAUUUUCGUAUCUCAAUUCUGUUAAGAAACCAAAAAAAAAAAAAAUGGAAAAAAAAAUCAAUCGAUCAGAGAUACUGCACAUCAAAGAGACGUUUAGCGGCCUUUAUAUUUUGGAAAGUUGUAUAAAUUUCAUCUGUUUGCGCUCGUCAAUCAAUUUUUGCACUAUUGUGAAAAUUUGGCAAAUUAUAUAUAAUAUAUAUUAAUUUUGCCGAUUUCUUGUAAAGCAUCAAGACUGCGUUUAUUGUUCGAACGAACUUUUUUACUUCAAGUCGGACGUACAAUAUUACUCUGUGUAUCGAGGGUGCUUUUUGUGUCCGCUCUCCGCUGGUGCACAUUGUACUUUUUGUCAUUAUCUGUACGGCGAAAAGAAUAUCAUUUAAGUGUACGAGAAACUUUAAUUGCACAAAAUGACAUACUUUCCGUGCAUGGUGAGCAAAAAUUAUUUUCAUGUUUCGAUCAGUUGAUUUGCUCUUUAGAGCCUUUUAAAAUCGAUUCAAAAAUCGGUCACAUUUUCUUGUAUUAUUAAUAAAACACACUGUUCAUUAUAAUUAGAUGUUCACGAGACUUGAUUUAGAAGAAGUUUGAAGGAUUAUACGUAAUAUUUUUCUUUUUUUUCAUUAUUGUAAAUAAAUGUUUGUUGAGUUU